GAAACAAGACAGUCGUUCCAUUGUGAAGAAGAAAGUUUGCCCAAAGAAGCUAAUAAUUUGAUCAAGCUUAAUUUGUGGAAAUGCUCCAUGUACAUUACUUUUUAGAACAGAACAUUUGACAAGGCUUGAAAACCACGCCUAUUUGGAAUUGUUCUGUAAUUUAUUGGCAGGACGUCUUGUAGAAACUAGUUGACACAUUGUCAAGUUUCCAUAUUGGCAGCACCUUAUUACCUGACAUAUAUUAUUACUUGGUUGUUUUAUCUUUCUUCUACCCUAUAUUAUAUCUGAUGAGUAAAUGCUUAUCAAUUAUAUGGCAGUGGGUGGAGUUAGGGCGGAAUAAAAGCUAAAAAUUAUGCUAUCAUUGAGAGCAUCUCUGGUGGCAGGUUUAGAGGGCAGCUGCUCUCUCCUAGGGAUAGCUUUGGCUUUUAGAAUGUGUAAUUUUUAUUUGCCUCUGACUUUUGAAGCUCGCUGGAUUCUCCACUGCAGAUGAACAAAUAUUCUCAGAAAGCCAGCAGGUUGGCAUUUUGAAGGAGCAAGCAUGGAAGAAAACAGACAGGCCCUUACAGAGGGCAAAAUUUUGUUAGUCUGGCUGAUUUUGUUUGUGGUGUUAGUUCUGUUGCCUUCCAUGUUUAGAGUGUCAUUGGGGAUUUCUCACAUCUAUGUGAAAAUUUUAAUAAAAACAUUAGAGUGGGCCACCCUGCAGAUUGAGAAGGGAGUAAAAAUGCAGAAGGCGCUGGCACUUGAAAAUUUAAUCUCCAAUGGGAUCAUCCAGAGAGAGGAAACAUCCAUGGAAAAGGAGAUGGCUGGCCACCACAGGGAAUACUUCCACCUUGGGGACGUUAUGUACUUUGCCAAGAAGGCAUGUGAGGCAGUGGCAGAAGAUGAAGUCACACGGCGCUUCUCCUCAGAGGAGCUGCUGUCCUGGAAUCUCCUCAGCAGAACCAAUGCCAACUUUCACUGUGUCAGCUGGCAACUGACUGUUGUGUGGAUCAUUGGGAUCCUGAUUCGGUACUGUCUCCUGAUGCCUUUUCGCAUCUGCUUGGCUUUCCUCAGCAUCCUCUUGCUGAUCUCUGCAAACACAGUAGUAGGACAGUUUCCAAAUGGCAGGGUUAAGUGCUGGCUGAGCAACCAGGUUCAGAUGACGUGUGCUGCGUUAGGUAUCCGAUGUCUGAGUGGUCUUGUUCAGUUCCACAACAGGGAAAACAGACCACGGAAAGGAGGCAUCUGUGUAGCUAACCACACAUCUCCAGUAGAUGUUCUAAUCCUGGCUAGUGAUGGAUGCUAUUCGUUGGUUGGCCAGGUACAUGGAGGGCUUCUGGGACUUAUUCAGAAAUCUUGCAUGCAAACCACUCAGCAUGUUUUGUUUGAACGUUCAGAAAUGAAAGAUCGUCAUCUGGUGAGAAAAAAAAUUAGAGAACACAUUGAAGAUAAGGCCAAAUUACCCAUUUUAAUUUUUCCAGAAGGCACCUGCGUAAACAACACAUCAGUUAUGAUGUUUAAGAAGGGAAGUUUUGAGGUGGGAGGGACCAUCCAUCCAGUAGCAAUCAAGUAUGACCCCCGCUUUGGAGACGCAUUCUGGAAUAGCACAAAGUAUUCCAUGAUGACCUAUACUUUUAAUGUGAUGACCAGCUGGGCUAUUGUCUGUAAUGUGUGGUACCUGCCACCAAUGGUCAAAGAGGAAGAAGAAGAUGCCAUUCACUUCGCCAACAGAGUCAAGGCUGUCAUUGCUGCUCGAGGAGGAAUGUCUAUACUUCCUUGGGAUGGAGGACUGAAAAGAAAAAAGGUCAAAGAGUCUUUCAAGGAAGAGCAACAGAAAAAAUAUUGCCAGAUAGUAACAGAAAAUGGAUCCGUGGGAAAUGGAAAUGUUUAUUAAAUGGUAUUUAUUUUAUCUCUUUUUUUUUUUUUUUUUUUGACAAGACUUAACUACACAGAAAAUUGGCUUUUUUUUUUUUUUUUUUUUUUUUUUAAUAUUAAAACCCACAUCCUUUCCUGCUGUCCCUAUAAAUUAUUUUGCAUAUAAUGCAGCAGGGAAGCCAUGAAGAGAGUAUUAUUAUUAUUUUUUUAAACAAAGCCGUCAAUUUAAAAAUAGGAACAUUUAUGACAUACUUGAGAAAUUCUGUGCAAUGAUGAGUGAGAAGAAUUGGUAAUAAAAUUACUUAGGUUAAUUAAAAUGCCAUUUUAAGAAAUCUUUGAGUUACCCUGAAGACUUACCUGUUAAUUUCUUAACUUUUAAUAAAACAUAUCUGUCUUCCCAGACUGUAUGGGUGAGCUGGUUUAGCUGUUUUCCUGUGAGCUGCAGGCACUGUGUUGCUGUAGAGAUACACCUUUUAUAUGAGGAGGCACAGAGAAAUUCAAGAAAACAUUUUGAGAAUUGCAAGUUGGAGGUGAAGAGUUGGAUGUCUGAGGGAAAGAGGCAGUUGCUGACCUUACUCUCGAUGUCCCAAGACAAGGCAUUGCCAGGCAGGAAGAUUUCCAGGGUCCCACUGAUCAGCAGCAGAACAGCAGCAAUUAGCAACAUGUCCCAGAUGCCUGGUUGUGUGACAAAGGGAUAAAUUAGUGAAAGUCAAAGAGAAUGACCUAGGAAAAUAUAUCAUAAUUUUAAAUAUAUAUUUAGUGACUUUGCUA